AAAGUGCUGUGAGCGCAACCCUGGUGCUUAAAAACAGAUCAAAAGCGAUCGGGCACACAGGGCAACAGCCAGGGACUAGUCCAGAGUGCAGGGAGGCGAGCCCCUGUGGCGAUGCUAUAACUGCGGCCUUACGCGGUCUUCGCGCAUCCCGGACGCGGGAAGAGUGCGGGCAUCGUGGGCAACGAACAACGUGGCAAGUAGGGAAAAGCGCCUACCCACGCUGUGUCGUUGUGAGAGCCAUGGAAGGUGAAGCAGCCUACAUGGAAAAGGAGAUCCCCGAUAUUCUUCGUGAACUACAGGCCCAAUGCGAAUUCACCAAAAGCAAGCGUGACGCAUUACAAGGGAAGGUCGGGAAGAGGGCGGGUGACUGGUCAAUAAACCGUCAGGACGUCCUACUGUUCCGAGGUCGAGCCUACGUACCGGACGACCCGGCAGUAAAGUUUGAGCUCAUGAGGAGGUACCAUGAUGACCCCCAUGCAGGACACUUUGGAGCAGCCAAAACGGUUGAGCUCCUGAGUAGAAAGUACCACUGGCCAUCAAUGCGCCAAGACGUACAAGAAUACGUGCGAACAUGCGACGUAUGCCAACGGGUGAAGGUGAAGAGACACCGCCCGUAUGGUGAAUUGCAGGCGUUGCCUGUGCCGGAACGUCCAUGGAAAGAAAUCACGAUGGAUUUCAUGAGUGGCAUCCCGCCGUCCAAACGCGACGGGCGCGUAUAUGAUGCUAUCCUCGUGAUUGUGGACAGAUAUACAAAGAUGGGUCAUGAAAAUCUUCGGCCUACCAAAAGGCAUUGUCUCUGAUCGUGACCCGAAGUUCACUAGUGAAUUUUGGUCUGAACUGUGCUACAUGCUGCACAUACGCAAACGCAUGGGAACCGCAUUCCAUCCGCAAACCGAUGGACAGACGGAGCGGCAAAACCAGACAAUCCAAGAAUACCUGCGUGCCUACUGCGGGCAGUAUCAGAAGACCUGGGCGAAAUUACUGCCAAUUGCCGAAUUUGCAUAUAACAACAGUGUUAAUGCAUCAACUGGCACAACCCCGUUCUUUGCGUUGUACGGGUUCCACCCAGAAAUUUAUUAUGAUAUUGAAACCCAGAGCAAAGUGCCAGACGUCAAUGAGCGAGUGAAGCAACUCCAUGACGUACGCAAGAAGCUUGAAGAAUACCUUGCCAACGCAAGCAAAGAGCAAGCAAAAUACUAUAACCGCAGACACGAGCCAAUGGCAUUCAAAACAAAUGAUCUUGUCCUCCUGUCAACAAAGCACUUGCGGUUAAAACAACCAAGCAAAAAGCUUGCACCGCGCUUUGUUGGACCAUUCCGAAUCCUCGAACCUGUCGGAACGCAAGCUUACCGACUGCAAUUACCAGCCUCAUGGAAGGUGUGGAAUACAUUCCAUGUUUCACUGUUGGAAAAGUACCACCAGCGGGAGGGAGGCGAGAACACGGCGAACCAACUGCCCCUCCCAGAAAUCAUUGAUGAUGAGGAGGAAUGGGAAGUCGAAGAAAUCCUCGACAAGAAAAAGCAUAAGAAUGGCAUGUGGUAUCUCGUCAAAUGGAAAGGUUACCCUACAGAGUACAACCAAUGGUUGCCGAGGGAAAACCUAGACAAUGCCCAAGAGAUGCGUGACGAGUUUGAUAACCGAGCGAAGAGAAGACGCACGCGAAGAGCAACGAAUGAAGAUACCAUACAUUAAGUAAGCUAUGCUAAAUAUAUUACAAGAAGCAAAACGCAGGGGACGAGCCCCUUAUUCGGAGUAAUCGGAUGAGAGCUCCACAAAGGAACCCUCACGGGUGGCAGCGGAACCACCGCCCCGAGAAGACGACGACGCCGUAGCAGAGGAGUCGCCGGCAUGGCGCCGUCGACGAGAAGGGGGAGCAGGGUCGAGAGAGGGAUUUGGGCGGAACGCCCGGCGACCCUGGUGUCGCAAGGAAAAAACGAGCUCGGGAGGAAUCUGUGAGACGCGCCCAGAACGCGCCUGAGACGCAGCAGUCUACACAAAGGUCAGAAAAAACAACCAACGUGAAAACAGAGGAAGAUCAUACGGAGGAGGGCGAGAUGCUGGCGAGGGUGUUCACCCCUCGGAUGAGUUGUCGCAUCUGCUCUAGGAGCUCGCGAAACAUGACCUCUAAAGUGGGGCGGCGAUGCCCGCCCAACCGGUUGUCGCGAGUGACAAACGCUUCAACCGCCGUUUUAUAGCGCGCGAACAAACGCACGCACUCCGCUCGAUCGACCUCAACGGUUGAUGUGAUACCCGACUCGUAGUCCUUGAGAGCCCUAGCGAGCUCGACGAGGCGGGCCAGACAAAGCGCGAACUGAGGAGGGACCUAUAAUUGGUGAGAAGAACCAAGCAAGACGCAACCAAAACAUCAGGGCACAAACCUCCUCGCACUCAUGAUGCUGGCGCGAACAUCCAGCACACUUCUGAAACGCGGGCAUAUCGCACAGCAGAACGAGGUCGACAUCCUUACUGCACCGGAGGCAGACAUAGGUGCCUGCCUCCGCCUCCACGGUCUCCCCUGGAGGAGAUAGGGUAUUAUCCCUACUUCGAGAAGAUGAAGGCACCGUCACUUCGAAGGCAACCCGGCGACGGCGACUGGGGGGCUCGGACGCAGAGGCAUCGCUGCCACGGCGCCGGCGCCUGGAACUUGUCUUGUCGCGCUCGGGCACCGGCGAGGACGGUAUCGGGGUCGGAGACCGAGGAGUAGGAGAGCGCGGGCGGGAAGUACGCCUAUGUCCGGAGAUGGCCUCACCGCGCCGUGAUGUUGACGAAGACGGUGCGGGUGUUGGUGAAGGGGGCGCCAGGGAACGAGGACGGGGAGAACGCGCGCGUCUCGCACCUGAAGAGCGAGGCGUGGACGGCUCCCGCCUCGCCCCCGACGCACGGGGAGUUGACGGAGCCAUAAAGCUGAAUGCUGGUGAUGAUACGUAUGGUGUCAAAGGCGCGGGUGUCGUGAGUGUGUGUGUGUGUAUGGUUGAGGAAGAACUUGGGGACGCGCAAGAUUUAUAUUGUCACUGAGCAUCAAAACCAUAACACUGUUGCUACGCGACGGUGACAGGCACGACAACGCACACAACGCGGUGCCGACACACACCCCAACAACAACAAACGACGAUGACCAUAGACAAAACGCACCCACCGCGAAAACGCGCCGUGAGACUGACAACCUCUUAGCGAGUCUGGAGACCAGACUAUGGAAGGGGGGGAAGAGUUGUGAGGAACAGAGAGGGAACUGGCGCACGGGGCAGCUGCGCUUAGGCCACGAGUCACAUGCUCUUUGGGACUGUAGUAUUUAAGCUACGCACAGCGUUCCUUUUAGUUCGCUUCCUUAGUCGUCAGUCUUGACACGAAUCCAAGCCUAUUGCUCUCCAUCUUGAUAUCACGCUUACAUCCACCCCUUACACUAAAACUCCUACAUGCCUACUUUUUAUUUAGCUGAUAAAGGAAUUUUUAGGGUUAUUACUUAUAGAGAUAUAUGAUCUCAAAGAUUACAUCAAUUUAAGUGAAUAAAAAUCAACCCAGAUAGCAACCUGAAUUCUAUAGAUACUGUUAUAUCAGAGGAUUAGGCAACCGAUAGUUAAUUACAACCAACUAUCUAAGAUAUCCUAUGUGACAGCAACUAUUAUAUAGUUAUACUGUCUAUUCUAUAUAUCUUAUCAAGCUUCGCUGUUAUAUCCACAAUAUCAAAAGCAUGCCAGUAUACUCUACUUAUAGUUUGUUGAUACAGUAUGAUAUAAGAACUAAUUAAAAGUCUCAAAAUCUGCUAUCUUACAGUAAUGCCUCUUUAUCUAUGCCUUUAGCUUACUGAAAGUACCCUCGAUAGGAUUCAAAUCAGGUGAGUAUAGAGGCAGAAAAUGUAGCUGAACACUAUGCAGAUCACAGAGCUCUUGGAUAGACUGGCUUUUAUAGAUACUAGUAUUAUCUAUAAUAAUUACUGACCUCUUGCCAGGAUAUGGCUUAUAGUAAGGCAGAACCUGAUCACGCAUAAACUCAAGAAAGAUCUCUGCUGUAAUUGCGCCUUGGAAGAUAUGCCAUGUGAGAUAGCCAUCAACAUCUAGCGCUGGUGCCCAACCAAACUUGCGAUCACCAGUAUAUUGAUAACCAACCCAAGCUGCAUGUAGUUUUUCAUUGCGUUCUGCAGCCCGGCGACAUACAGCCUUCCUU